AUGGCAUUGCAAGGGCCGAGUCGAUGCCCACACGAAAGGGUCAGACGAGCUGGUCUCGGUGAGGCAGGGUUCAAAGGCAAAAGCUUCACAAUCUUUCCGUCUGCGGGUCACCCUUAUUUCAGCUCAUUGCUGGUUACUCUCAAUUUUGUCGUUCGCAUCCAUAAGGGUCCAGAUUCCCAAGUCAAUCCACGCGAUGGAACCCCAACCCAACGUGUGGAAGUCAUCCAGCAACAACAUAAGCAUCAGCAAAUAGUCGGAGGAAUGGCUGAGUACUGGCGACUGGGUGCUACUGUUGACGCAACCAAAAAUAUUAUCAACUCAGCUUGCCACGAGUGA